AUGGCCACGCAUGAGAAAGGUUCCUCUUUCUACUGCCAUAGUAUGUCCCUGCCCUGGGAAGAGGUGGAAAACAAGCUUAAGGUUAUCUUAAAGAACAGCCAGGUACCAAAGGAAACCAAGGAAGCCCGCACUUGGGGCAAACUGGACCUUGGAGUACCAAUUCUGCCACAGGCAGAGGCAGUUAUAGGGGUGCAGGUGUGGUAGCCGCAUGAUUUCGCCAAACUGCGUAAGUCAGCUGCAUAAGCUUUGGCCUCAGACAUGAAGGAACUUGCGGCACAGCGUGAGAUGGAGUGCAAAGAGCCAGCAUCCCGACUGAGACCAGCCCACACCAAACUGGCAGAGUUGCAACAAGAAUGGAGCAUGCUGAGGUGGAAGCUCUUGUAG